AGUCCACAGUCACACAGUCACACACUUUUUGGCUUUUGGCUUCGCUUGCUUCCAGUCCAAUUUCCAAUUUCCAUGUGAACAUCAUUGUGAUCCUCACAUUCAAAAUCAAAUCAAUCCCUUCCCUUCCCUUCAUAACCCAUCUUCUCCUUCAAUCUCAGAUAUUUUCGUCUCUCUUUGUCCAUUUUCCCUUAAAUAUAAUUAGUAUCCUCUCGCAUAUUCCUCCCCUUCACUUUCUCUCUUGGAUUUUACAACAGAUUGAUUGUUGAUUGUUAUUUGAGAGAUGGCAGAAGAAGCUAACAAGAAUGGCGGUGGCAUUUCUGCUGCUCAUAAAGUUCCGGCGGUGGCGCAUCCACUGGCGGAGAAGCCAUCGGAGAUUGCCUCGAACAUCAGUUACCACGCACAAUUCAGCCCUCAUUUCUCGCCUUUCAAGUUCGAGCCUGAGCAAGCCUACUACGCCACCGCUGAGAGCGUUCGCGAUCGUCUCAUCGAACAAUGGAACGAGACCUACCGUCAUUUUCACAAUGUUGAUCCCAAACAAACAUACUACAUGUCAAUGGAGUUUCUUCAAGGACGAGCUUUAACCAAUGCAAUUGGGAAUCUUAACAUUCAAGAUGCAUACGGUGAUGCUUUGAAAAAGUUGGGACAUGAACUUGAGGAAAUUACUGAGCAGGAGAAAGAUGCUGCUCUAGGAAAUGGUGGUCUGGGAAGGCUUGCUUCAUGUUUUCUAGACUCAAUGGCAACAUUAAGUUUGCCUGCAUGGGGGUAUGGUUUGAGAUACAAAUAUGGGCUAUUCAAGCAGCGGAUCACCAAGGAAGGCCAAGAAGAAAUUGCCGAGGAUUGGCUUGAGAAGUUUAGUCCUUGGGAAGUUGUUAGGCAUGACAUAAUAUAUCCUGUCAGAUUCUUUGGUUCUGUUGAGGUUAAUCCCAAUGGAUCCCGAAAUUGGGUUGGUGGAGAGGUGGUGCAAGCUUUGGCUUAUGAUGUGCCAAUUCCAGGAUACAAAACUAAGAACACCAUUAGUCUUCGCCUCUGGGAAGCAAAAGCUUGCGCUGAGGAUUUUGACCUAUUCCAAUUUAAUGAUUCACAAUAUGAAUCUGCUGCAGAACUUCAUUCUCAUGCUCAACAGAUUUGUGCAGUUCUAUAUCCUGGGGAUACUAAAGAAAAUGGAAAGCUCUUACGGCUGAAACAACAAUUCUUUCUAUGUAGUGCAUCACUUCAGGACAUUAUAUUCAGAUUUAAGGAGAGGAAACUAGGGAAGGGAUCACGGCAAUGGUCUGAGUUUCCUAGCAAGGUUGCAGUACAAAUGAAUGAUACUCAUCCUACACUUGCAAUCCCAGAGCUGAUGCGAUUACUAAUGGAUGAGGAAGGACUUGGAUGGGAUGAAGCUUGGGAUAUCACAACAAGGACUGUUGCCUACACUAAUCACACAGUGCUUCCUGAAGCACUUGAGAAAUGGUCACAAGCUGUGAUGUGGAAGCUUCUUCCUCGCCAUAUGGAGAUUAUAGGAGAAAUAGACAAGAGAUUCAUUGCAAUGAUACAUAAGGCACGACCUGACCUUGAAAGUAAGCUUCCUAGCAUGUGCAUUUUGGAUAACGAUCCCCAAAAGCCAGUUGUGCGGAUGGCAAAUUUAUGUGUGGUGUCUGCACAUACGGUAAAUGGUGUGGCCCAGUUACAUAGUGAUAUCUUGAAGUCUGAGUUAUUUGCAGACUAUGUUUCUCUAUGGCCAACAAAGUUCCAAAAUAAAACUAAUGGCAUUACUCCUCGCCGAUGGCUCCGAUUCUGCAGUCCUGAGCUCAGUAGCAUAAUAACCAAAUGGUUAAAAACUGAAGAAUGGAUUAUCAACCUUGACCUCCUCACAGGUCUUCGACAGUUUGCCAACAAUGCGGACCUCCAAGCUGAAUGGGCCUCUGCCAAGAUGGCUAAUAAGCAGCGUUUGGCAGAGUACAUAGAACGGGUCACAGGGGUUAGCAUUGACCCAAAUAGUCUAUUUGACAUACAAGUCAAGAGGAUCCAUGAAUAUAAGAGACAGUUGCUGAAUAUUCUGGGAGCAAUUUAUAGAUACAAGAACUUAAAGGAGAUGAGCGCUGAAGAGCGGAAAAAGACAACUUCACGCACCAUCAUGAUUGGUGGAAAGGCAUUUGCAACAUAUACAAAUGCUAAAAGAAUAGUCAAGCUGGUGAAUGAUGUUGGUGCUGUUGUCAACAAUGAUCCUGAGGUCAAUAGCUACUUGAAGGUAGUUUUUGUACCAAAUUACAAUGUAUCUGUAGCAGAAAUACUUAUUCCAGGAAGUGAGCUGUCACAGCAUAUUAGCACUGCAGGCAUGGAGGCAAGCGGCACAAGCAACAUGAAAUUUGCACUCAAUGGUUGCCUCAUUAUAGGUACACUGGAUGGGGCUAAUGUAGAAAUCAGGGAGGAAAUUGGGGAGGAGAACUUUUUCCUAUUUGGUGCAACAGCAGAUGAAGUCCCUAGGCUGCGCAAGGAAAGAGAGAAUGGAAAGUUCAAACCAGACCCUCGGUUUGAGGAGGCUAAGGAGUUUAUUAGAAGCGGAGCAUUUGGAAGCUAUGAUUUCAACCCACUCCUUGACUCUCUAGAGGGGAACUCUGGUUAUGGUCGUGGUGAUUAUUUUCUUGUCGGUCAAGACUUUCCAAGCUACAUGGAUGCUCAGGCUAGAGUAGAUGAAGCUUACAAGGAUAGGAAAAGAUGGCUAAAGAUGUCUAUACUAAGCACCGCCGGGAGUGGCAAAUUCAGCAGUGACCGGACAAUUGCUCAGUAUGCCAAAGAAAUCUGGAACAUAGAGGAAUGCCGUGUACCAUAAUUGCAACAGCAG